GCUUGUGUCACUAUGCUGAAAUGAAAGUUAUCUUGGGAGAAGGAAAUCAUACUUGGUAACAAACUCUCUUCUACUCUUUGCAAAAAAUAGCACAGAUACACAAAGUCUACCUUUCGUCAAGUCAACAAGGAAUAAACACUCAGAAAUGGCGUCCUCCAUCAGUCUCCUGUCUGAAGAUCAGUUCCAGUGCUCCAUCUGUCGAAAUGUGUUCACUGAGCCAGUCUCCACUCCAUGUGGACACAACUUCUGCAAGGCCUGUAUCAGUGGAUACUGGGAUACCACUAGCCUGUGCCAGUGUCCAAUGUGUAAGCAUAAUUUCUACAUAAGACCAGAGCUAAAGACCAACACGACACUCAGAGAUGUUGCAGAUCAUUUUAAGAGGAAGAGAGUCAGAGAUGAAUCUCUUCACAGGGCUGGGAAAGGGGUCUGUGACGUCUACAUGGGGAACCUGGAGGACAGAAUCAUGUGUAAGAAACACAACACACUCCUUGAGCUGUUUUGUAGAACUGACCAGAUGUGUGUUUGUCAGUUCUGUACUGAGACAGACCACAAGACUCACCACAUCGUCCAUCUAGAGGAAGAGUGUGGAGAGAGGAAGGCUCAGCUUGAAAAGACAGAGGCACAAGUACAGCAGAUGAUCCAGGAACGAAUGCAAAAGGGUUGGGAGAUCAAACAUUCAGUAGAGCUCAGCAAGAGAGAUGCAGAGAGAGAGAUAACAGACAGAAUGCAGGUCUUCACUGAUCUGGUGCACUCCAUUGAGAGAAGCCAGGCUGUGCUCAUUGAGGUGGUUGAGGAGAAGCAGAAAGCAGCAGAGAAACGGGCUGAAGGGUUCAUUACAGAGUUGGAGCAGGAAAUUAAUGAGCUACUGAGGAGAAGCACUGAGCUGAAGCAGCUCUCACACACUGAGGACCACCUUCACCUCCUCCAGAGCUCCCCGUCCCUAUGUACCCCUCCAAAUGCCAAGAACUGGUCUGAGAUCAGUAUUCACACUGAGCUGAUGAAUGUGAGGAGAGUUUUGAGGAGCUCUGUGUCGGAGCUGGAGGAGAAGACUAGGAAAGCAUUUUCUGAGCUUAUGGAAAAAUGCAAUAAAGCAAUGGAGAAGUUUCCUGACAAGCUGAAGAUUCCUGACAAUCUGAAGAGUAUGCAGCAGUAUGCAGUGGAUGUGACUCUGGACCCUGAUACAGCAAAUCCCUUUCUCGGCCUGUCUGCGGAUGGGAAACAAGUGAGCAUUGGACAGACAUGGAACGUUCGCCCUGACAACCCAAAGAGGUUUGUUAGUCGAUGUAUCCUGGGAAAGGAGGGCUUCUCCUCGGGGAGAUUCUACUAUGAGGUGCAGGUGAAGGGGAGGAAUUGCUGGGAGUUAGGAGUGGCCAGAGAGUCCAUUAAUAGGUCCAUCGAGAGGUAUUUGUUAGUGAAUUUAUACGAUGAAGGGCUUCCACUGACCCCUGAGGGUGGAUUCUGGACAGUGGGACAGAAGAAAGAGCAUAUGUAUUAUACAGAUAUUAUUCAUAAGGCCAACACCUCUCCUUCUGUAACCCUCAAAUUGGAAAAGCUCCAGAAGGUGGGGGUGUUUGUGGAUUAUGAGGAGGGCCAGGUGUCCUUCUAUAAUGUGGAGACCACGGCGCAUAUCUUCUCUUUCACUGGCUGCAACUUCACUGAGAAACUCUAUCCAUUCUUUGACUGUGGGAUUCAUGAUAAUAACGAUCAAGCAUUGAUCAUCUCCCCUGUCAGUCAUACAGACUGAAUCAGGGUACACUAAAGUUACAGGGCACAAUACUAAGGCUGGGAUUCAAUAUGAAACCUCGCUAUAGUGCUCUUGACAUUUAAAGGUAAUUUCCAAUUGACUACUCGACAUCUGUAGUUUUUACCUUGAAUGCAAACUCCAUGAACGCAGUAACAUUGCCUUUAAAACCCACAUUGUCGAAUAGAGCCAUCUUAUUGAAUCCCAGCCUUAAUAUAUUUUUCUGCCUAACAGUAGCCCUGCCACUUGGUCUGCUAAAGCUGAGGGAUGGCCUGGAGAAAUGUAACCACCCUCAAAUUCAUAGAUUGACUAAGGGCUGACAGUUCAUGAGAUCACUAUUAUAGUAUUAAACUUAUUUUGAAGCUGAGCAUUGUUUGUUGACAAAUAUAUUGUUUGCAAACAGUGCAGUAUUGACAUCAGGGCUUGGUCACACUUUAUUUGGAUAGUCCCACAUAGAUGAUCUACAGCUGGUCAUACUAUCAACAAACUAUAUGUUGAUAAGCAACUGCUUGCUAAGGUUACUGUUAAGGUUAGGUUUAGAAUAAUGGUUGGGGUUAGGGUUUGGAUAAGGGUUAAGGUUAGCGUUAGGGCUAGGGUUAGAACUAGUGGCUAGUUAGUUGAAAUGUUGACAGUUAUUGAACAUCUACUGAACAUCUACAAACCAUCUACCUGGGACAAUCCAAAUAAAUUGUUACCUGCAGCUUUUAAAAGCAAUGUUCCCGCGUUCGCAGAGAUCACAUUUGGUAAACGUUGUGUAUGUCGGCUCAAUCGGAAGUUGCCUUUAAAAGCCACAUUGUCAACAACCCGUGAUCGGAUUUAACACUGGCCCACGAGGGUGAGUGUUGAAGUUGGUUGAUUUAACUGGUUCAAUUAUAGGUCCCAAUCAUGAAAUCUACCUUUCAACUUCAACUUCAAGACUAAAACAGACUAGGACAACUCAAUCGUUGAAUCAUCUUCAAAUCUGUAUCUGAACCUUCAUCACAGAGAACAUAUCCCCAUUAUAUAAUUGAAAUAUUUGAAUUUACAGAGAAGUGGAGGAUUUGUUACAUAUUUUCUGGUAUUAUCACAUAGUGGCUAAUAUUUGGAAAAAAGUACAAGAAUGGUUACUCCCUGUUUUACAUGAUUUUGUUAUCUCGCCACAAAUAGAUAUAUUGGGAGACUUAAGGGACAGAUGCAACACUAUAUACAAUGUUUUCAUUCUGCUUGGGAAGGUUUUCAUUUUUAAAACUCAAAAAACAAAUAUGCUAUUGGAUUCCUUCAAAAAUAACUGUCAAACACUUCUAAACUCAGCAAAAUAAGAAACGUCAUCUCAAUGUCAACUGCGUUAAUUUUCAGCAAACUUAAAAUAUGUUCAUACAAAUAUUUACACAACAAGAUUCAACAACUGAGACAUAAACUGAACAAGUUCCACAGACAUGUGACUAACAGAAAUUGAAUAACAUGUCCCUGAACAAGGGGGAAGGGGGGGAGGGUGUCAAAAUCAAAAGUAACAGUCAGUAUCUGGUGUGGCCACCAGCUGCAUUAAGUACUGCAGUGCAUCUCCUCCUCAUGGACUGCACCAGAUUUGCCAGUUCUUGCUGUGAGAUGUUACCCACCCUUCCACCAGGGAAACUGCAAGGUCACGGACAUUUCUGGGGGCAAUGGCCCUAGCCCUCACCCUCUGAUCCAACAGGUCCCAGACGUGCUCAAUGGGAUUGAGAUCCGGGCUCUUCGCUGGCCAUGGCACUGACAUUCCUGUCUUGCAGGAAAUCACACACAGAACGAGCAGUAUGGUUGUUGACAUUGUCAGGAUGAGCCUGCAGGAAGGGUACCACAGAGGGAAGAGGAUGUCUUCCCCGUAACGCACAGCGUUGAGAUUGCCUGCAAUGACAACAAGCUCAGUCCGAUGAUGCUGUGACACACCGCCCCAGACCAUGACGGACCCUCCACCUCCAAAUCGAUCCCGCUCCAGAGUGCAGGCCUCGGUGUUAUGCUCAUUCUUUCGAAGAUAAACGCGAAUCCGACCAUCACCCCUGGAAUCCGACCAUCACCCCUGAGACAAAACCGCAACUCGUCAGUGAAGAGCACUUUUUGUCAGUCCUGUCUGGUGCAACGACGGUGGGUUUGUGCCCAUAGGCGACGUUGUUGCCGGUGAUGUCUGGUGAGGACCUGCCUUACAACAGGCCUACAAGCCCUCAGUCCAGCCUCUCUCAGCCUAUUGCGGACAGUCUAAGCACUGAUGGAGGGAUAGUGCGUUCCUGGUGAAACUCGAGCAGUUAUUGUUGCCAUCCUGUACCUGUCCCACAGGUGUGAUGUUCGGAUGUACCGAUCCUGUGCAGGUGUUGUUACACGUGGUCUACCACUGCGAGAACGAUCAGCUGUCCGUCCUGUCUUCCUGUAGCGCUGUCUUAGGCGUCUCACAGUACAGACAUUGCAAUUUAUUGCCCUGGCCACAUCUGCAGUCCUCAUGCCUCCUUGCAGCAUGCCUAAGGCAUGU